AAAAUGUUAAGGUGAUGUAGUUUUGUUUUGGUUUCUCUUUGAUUGGAAAAUUUUUCUACUUCUUUUUGUUUGAUUAAUUAAUUGUUAUUCUUUAUUAUUUUUUUUCUUUUGGACUAUCAAUUAAUCAUAAUCAAUGUUUAUUAACGUAAUUGUUGAUUUAUUUUUUACUCUUCUAUAUAAGUUAGUUCACAUUACCUAUGCUAUAAUUGUUUUCCUUAAACGAUGGUUACUCUCUUGGCAACGUAAAGUUAACCUUACCGGUGAUUUAGAUUCACUUAAAUUUAAUUUAAUUAAAUUACCUCAUCACAUUGUUUUUGUGGUCAAUUUUAAUGAUAAUUUGUUAACCAUUAAUGAUGUAGCAUCACUUGUUACCUGGUCUAUAAAAUUAGGGAUAAAUAAUAUAAGUUUAUAUGAUAGUGAAGGUUUUCUAAUUUCAUAUUUAUCAGAUCUUGAGAAUCAUAUUAGUCAACAGUUAAAUUCAAAUUAUCCAUUGAAAUUCCGAGGUGAUCAACAGAAUGGCUCAACUCGGCACAAUAUCAUCUUCCACUGUGAUUAUAGCUCUUCCAAAGUGAGAGUAUUAUCACUUCUUGAUUCAAAAGCGAUAAUGGCAAUGGUUCUUAAAGAAAUGAUCAAACACGAUUCGGAUAGAAGAAAAUUAGAAGAUACAAAUGGUGAUGAUAAUUGUGACACUCAAAUUAGUCCAGAAAAAGUGGAUCAACUUUUAUUCUCAAAAUUACAUUUACCUGAUCCCGAUUUAGCGAUUCUCUGUGGGCCAACUCCUUGUCUCUUUGGUCUUUUACCUUGGCACAUUAGGCUGACAGAGUUUAUUCAUUUACCUAUUUUUGGAAAACUAAUCCAACAAGAUUUUAUCAGUGUCAUCAGCCGAUAUACUAAAUGUGAACAAAGAUUUGGAAAAUAAAUCAACACAGCAACUCAACCAAACAAUUUAAUUCGUUCAAAGAAAAGCUCAGAAUAUUUUCCAAGUUGUCGAUCUCUUAUUUUGAUCAUUUUUUUUUCUGGAUUUUCCUUCCUCUCAUUUCGUGUUUAAUGAGCUCAACAGCAUCAAUUCAACUUAAUAAUAAUCAUGAUGGUGAUUAAGGAUCGUUCAACUCUUCCUUUCUACUACUAAACAUACAUAUAAAUUUAUUUAAAUUUAAACUACUCGGACCAAGUUACAGUUCGGAGAAAAUGUUUCAUCAACUUCACCAGUUUUAGUUACAUUUUCAAUUGGUUUUUCUUUUUGCAAAAAGAGUGUGCAAUUUUCUCAUCUCAAAGAAUUACAGUGCUAAACCAGUGACAGUUAUAUUGUUAAACAAUUUAAAAAAAAGGAGAUGAAAAAAAAAAUAAUAUGAUUAUUGAUAAAAAUAUUAUCCAAUUCAAUCAAUCAAAAAUAAAUUGACAAAAUCUGAUUUUUAAGAUACACAAGAAAAUAACAACUUGGCAAAUAUCUUGGUGCCUCUUCAAAUUUCGUGAUUCCAACCAUAACAGGAUUACUUUUCCAUGAAUACAAGUAACUUAAAAGUUGUCGAAAUUGAUGAAAAUUAUUUUAAUCCAUUUAAUUAAUCCAAUGGAAAAUUGGAACAAUUAAAAAAACCAAAUUUCCAAAGAACUAACAGUAACUCCAUCUAACGGUAGAAAAAGAAACGAAUUAAUGUAAUUGGAAUUAAUUUUUACCGCUUAGAAUUAAUUUCCAAUCUUAUUGUUUGUAAUUGUUUUGUUCUUCUUGAUUUCUGUUAAUUUGGUUCGAAAUUAAGUUAAUUAAGUGUUUACUCUUGUUAGAAAAUUUAGUUCGCGAAUGAAUUUAUCAAUACAAGUUGGUGUUUGGUUAAAUUCUUGAAAUUUAUCAUCGUUCUUGGUCAAGCUCUUCAUAGAGAGAGAGAGAGAGAGAAAUGAUUUAAAGUGAAGUCAUUUUGAAAUAUUGGUAACGUAUUACAAAUAGAUGAUUUCUAUCUAAAUUUACCUGGUGAAUAAUUAAAGGCUUGCUUUAAGAAGAUGUAAGUAAUAAAAGAAAGAAAAAAAUGAGUAAUGGUUAAUCUGUUAAUGUGUAAAUCAACAUGAGAAUAAGAGUAAGCUGAUAAUUGCUGUCAGCUCAUCUAUUAUGAAAGAGUAACUUAUCAUGAUAAUAUGGACCAUAUAUAAGGAGAUUUCUUCUGGAAUUGUCUCAGUGAUGUGUCAAAGGAGCAGUUCUUCACCGAAUAGUGUUAAUCUAUUGUGAAUAUACCAUAUGAAAUAUAUGUGAAAACAGGAGAGGAAAAAAAAAUAAUUCCAGACGAUGGUAACUCAUUUUUUCUCACCUUACCAAUGAUUUUCUUAUAGUGCUGAAUAAUGUAUUCAAUGAUAUCAUCUCCCACCCAAAGUAUUAUGGAGAGAGGAAAAAAGAACAGCCAAAAAAUACCUCACCAAGCAAAGGAAUAAGAUAAAAGAAGAUCAUCUCAAACUACUAAAGGAGAUACAGUGAACAUCAUCAUCACCCAAGAGCCGAGAAUAUGUAAUGCAAUGGAAACUUUUCUCAUUCUCUACCACUACCAUAUAUUCACAUUUGACUUUCAAAUUAUUCGAAAAGAAGGAGAAACAAGAUAUCCUCGAUACUUAAGAAGAAAAAAGGUCGAUUCAUUGGAAGAGAUGAACGAGUUAAACAUCAAGAAAAAAGGGAGACAAGGAGAUAGAGAGCAAAGAGGCUGAAACAGGAAGAACUGGAUGAAUAUUGUUAAAAAAAUUUGAAUAAAGAAAGUUAAGUGGCAAAAGAAAGAAGGAAAAGAAAGAGCCGAUAAAAAGAUCAAGCAUUAUGAUGAAAAGAGAGAGAGAGAGAGAUUCAUUGUUACUCUCAUGUAUUAUGAUCCAGCAGCAAAGAGGCAGCAGAAAAGAGUCAAAGAUCAGUCAUGAGUAUCAGAAUUUUCAUCAUGAUCAUCACAUCUUCAGGAGAGAGAGAGAGA